AUGGAGCCUUUACCAGCUUCAUAUUAUGGAGCCUUAGAUAAAUCUAACCCUGUUAUUUCCGCUUUUGAGAAGGAUUUAAAAGAGUUUAAGUUGUAUAUGAAAAGAGUUCAUGAUUCGCCAACCUUCGACCACUUCUCUCAUUCAAGAGGGUCUUUGAAACUGUUUGAGAUCUGGAAGAAAUAUGAACCUUGUCUCCCAAGCCUUUAUUAUGAGGAGCAUCUGCUGGACAUUGCAGAUUUUCUUUUCGAGAAUAAAUUUUACAGAUUGGCGCUGUGGCAAGGAUACACACGCUACCUAUACCGGUUCUCCCCUGCUAGUUUGGAGAACGUCAGCGAUGUGGAGCAACUCAAGCAGGGCUUCUUCCCACAUGGCUUUCAAACUGCAGGAGCAAAGUUUACACUCCGUGCUCUGUAUGGGGAAUGCUUGUGUACUUUUUACUUGGAACGCGAGAAGUGCAAGCAGCCAGAUUACAUCGGGAUGCAGAAACUGUUCAGCAUUCUAGCAUUUUUGCGCAUCAUUAUGCAAGCCAUCCUGCCCCAUGAGAGUCUGUGCUGGCUGUUGUACAAUGGUUCUUUGUACAUCUAUAACAUAUGUAGGUUCUUGAUGUCCAUGAGUCACUCUGCACAGGCUCUGCAGUAUUUACUAUGGGCAUGUGUGUGUCUGGAGACAUCCAUCCCACUGCAAACUCCAAGUUUCCUGUCCUGGAGGGCUACACUGUACUGUAGUGUUUGUGAAUGUUACUAUGAUGGCCAGGCUGCUGUGCAGGCAGAGGUGUUUGCUCGACGAGCUCUUGGUAAAAUAGAUGAACUAGGGAAGUUGGAGAAGUUGAGUGGGGUUCCAUCAUCACCAGACACAAAACAAGCCUUUAAAGACGCCACCAUCAAAGUUGCAGUCAUGGUGUUUAAACGCUCAGUGUAUGAAUCUCGGAGAAAACCUAAAGGAUUUUUCAGGUUGAAACAGAAGGGCAGUCUCAGGGAUGAUCAGCAUAACCCAUGGCCUCGUACAACAACUGAGCGCAUCUUGAUGGAGCUGUUUGACGGAAAUGCUGCUCAGUUCCUUGCAGUAUUGGCGGCUCUGUCGGACAGUUCCCGCAGACCCCUGCAGACUGGCAUACCGGAUGACCCCGAUAUACAGAAGGUGGCAUUCGAGCUCAUGUCCGCUGGCAUCAGCUUACUAUCCGGAAAUGCUGGUUCCUCUGACCGAGUCCGCAAUGAAAGCUUGCCUUUGUCUUUGAAUGCCCUCGCUCCUAAUUGCAGCCUCAUGGAGAUGGCAGUAGCUGGGAAAAAUCAAAUUUCAGUGGAUGCUGCAGUGAAGUUUGUGAAGCUCCUGUUUAGAUAUGAACAGUGGGACAUGUUUUGCAACCUUUCAGACAACCUUGUGACAGUACUGUCUAGCCUGGAGGGUAAUGUCUUCCGGAAAGCUGAGCUGGAGCUUACUCUACUGGAGGCCAUGGAGCGUCUUGUGUCUACUCAAAGGGUCCAGCUGGGGAUUAAAGACCACAUGGCUGACAUUCAAACUGAUAAAGACCAAUCUUCAGAGCUAAUUAGCAUGACAGAUGCGCUCCUAAAUCUGGUCCAGACGCUGCAUGUGUCUGUGUCUGAAGCAGCCCAGGACAUCAGACCAGAUGAGGACCUGGUCCUGGAUAUUUUACUGUUCCUCUGGACGAAAUGUAAGCUUGUGUUUCAGAGAGCUCAGGCUGGACACUCUGACCCAGCAUGCUACAUGGCCAAAAUGGCCUUCCCAGUCAAGUGGGUCCAGACUCUGUUCCUUCUGUGUGAAGUGGCCUAUAUGUGUCAGCUGGCUGAUAUAGACCCGGUGGCAGUGGCUGAGAUGACUCUUAGACUGACCUCAGUGCUGGAGGACAAUGCAGACUCACCUCCACUGAUCAUCCCAACAGAAGGCAGCAGUCUACAGUCCACCCCUGCAGAGAAACCUACAGUCACACUGAGUAUGAACUCGCAAACAGAACGUCUUGAGCUGGCAUGGACUAUGCUGGAGAAAGGCCUGGAGUGUGUGUCAAGAGGCAGGACUGCACGUCUCCCUCGUGAUGCCUCUGCCAUCUGUGAUACUGUGUACCUACAGAAGUUUAGCAGAGAACAUUUGAGACCUGGAGAUGGACAGACUGAGAGCGCUAGCAGUUCAUGCAUGAGAUCUCUUGCAAUGGAUAUGCAUAUGGAACUAUUGGCUUUCCAGCACAGAGUGUCUCUCAAACUCCUAGAUACUUACCCAGACGAUGAGAAUCCUGAAGAGAGAAAGAGGCCACUUAUGCAGAGUGCACAAGGGCAGUCUACUGCUGUGCAUUCAAAGAGAGCCAGAGCAGAAUGUGCACUGCAAGAGAAGAUGAAGAAGAAUAAAAUCUCCAAAGUUUUGUUUCUGGUGCAGAAGGCCUUAGUCUCCUAUAAAAAAGAUGCUACUAACAGAGGCACCAAAAAGCUACUUGAGGAGGCUUUGGCAUUACUGGAGAAAGCAGGUGUUGAGGAGAAGCAGCUGGUCGGUGCUGCUACUUCUGCAGAGAUGGGAUCAGGAGUGGAAAAAGGGUGUCGACCUCCUCCACCUCCUGUGCUGCUGUCACGCAGUAACCGAUCUUUAACUUUCACACCAGCGCCAUAUGUGCUGGAAGAGCAGGUUUGCUGGUACCGUAUUUAUGGUAGAGAAGUCGAAGGUGUCAGACUGAAAGUGCGGAUUGGAGACUGCCACCUGGUUGGCACUGGUGAAACGAUUCCUUCUCGAGGAGAACGCUUGUUUUGCAUAAGUGGCUUGGAGCCCAACCAGAAGUAUACCUUUGCUGUGGCAGCUUAUGAUGCUCAGGGCAACCUGAUUGGAAACAGUAUUGGAGAUACCUCCAGGCCGGUCCUAGCCUCCCUCCCCUUGCCUCUGUUGUCAGCCUGGGCACAUCUGGCUCAAGUGGCCUAUCGAACAGGCCAGCAUGCACUAGCCAAGAAAGCCUGCAGUGAGAUUUGGAGCCACUUUACUCUUCCGUCAGUUGCAGAUUCUGGAGCCUGUCAGGAACCGGUGGAUGAGGAAGCUCCUGAGGGACUUGCCCAGACAAAAUUGUGUCCAGAGAUAUUGCAGCUCUCCUCUCCUCUACUGCAGCAGCUUUUCCUCACCUCAGUCUUCAUACAAACCGACAUCCACAUCCAGGAGAAAGCACUAUACUGUGACUCCCUCAGUGAUGGAAACCCUUUGAUCUGGGGACAGGAGGCUAGACUUGCAGAGUGUGAGAGGAUACUUGUGGCCAUAGACCUGGCUCUACAUCUCAAUGACAGUAGUGCAGCUUUACAGGCUGUAGUCACCUGCUACGGCCUCCUGGUACCUCUUAUCUUCUUUCAGAUUCCAUCAGACCCUGUGAUUCAGGUGCUUUUGAAGUGUCUGAUGGUGCUGCAGGAGAUUCCAGCUGCACUCAAACAGAAAAGACCUCUCGCUACGACUGAAUCACUAUAUCAUAUGGUGGCCUGCAUCACACACUAUCUAGCCAAGGGCUUGCAAGCCUUGAAAGAGGACUGUAUGGCAUCUUCAGUGAUGGAACAGGGCAAGCAGCUCCUACUGGAAAUAAAUGAGAAUCUCCAGCAGCGUGAUAGAAAACCCCAAAAGAAGGUAGUGGCUGAAGAGGAGGGUGAACCUAGUGAGGAGUUGAAGGCUUUGACGUCUAUUGCAUUGAAGCAGCAUGAAAAAAUGAACACGCUUGUAAACUGUGACAGCCCAGCCUCGAGCAAAGAAGCAGCAGACUGUUUGGAUUAUGACCUCAGUGGAAAAGAGGACCCCAAAAUUCUGCACAAGGUCAUUGGUUCCAGCUCCCUCAGGAAUGCUUUCAAAAAUGUGAUGAAGUUUAAACAGACGUCUUGCUUCAUGGAGUUUGCUGCACUCCUGCUGCAGAAAGCUUUGCAAGAGGAUCAAUUGAAACUGAUAAUACAGUGGGGGGAAAAAAUCUUCAGCUGGAUUAAGAGCCGAGAUGUACAUUUGGUGUUGUCAAAGGAGCCUUACGGGAACUUGAGGAAAGAUCCGAAGAGGUUCACGGCGUCUGUCAUACAGUACUGUAAUAAAAUAAACAGAGUUUAUAAAAAGAAGAAAUCAGUUUCCAGCUCAGAAGACUCUGAGAAAGAAUUCAAGGCAAUGGCGACGUUGAUUAAAUUGGUGAGUUCACUGAAAAGGCACCAGCAGGAGAAGGUGAUGAGACAGAUCCACUCAGACGAGUUGCCCUGGCGAUGCCGCAUCAACCUGAUGCUGGCUCAAGCACACCUGGGUCUGCUGAGCAAGAACUUACAACUUCACACUGUAACACCUCUCCAACACUGUUAUAGCAAGUUGUCACUGCACUUCUUCUCCUUCGCACGAACUGGAACACUGGUGAAAUGGAAUCAUAUUUCCCAACACACCAGAUCUCCUGAGUUGAGCCCUUCGAUCCUCAAAUCUACCAUUCACAAAGCCCAAGAUUGGCAGGGAGCACGAAACAUCAGUGGAAAGGGGGCAGGGGAAAGUGAAGUGGAGAGUGAGCUGGACAGUCCACGCACACAACUGACCAGUGACUCAGAAGCCAGUGAAAUAAUCGAAACUUCUCCACAUCGCAUCCUGUUUAAGCCAUUGGACACAAUCUAUAAGGCCUCAGUACACCUCAGGAGAGCCAUGGUUCUAGCCUAUCGGGGAAGUCUUUGGACAUCUCUUCAGUGGGUGUGUGAGAUCCUUUGGGACCAGUUCAACACAAUUGCAUUUCUGGUGGAGUGUAGCCAGAGCGCUGAGACUCCCAGCACGUUGACGCUGGAGCAGUUUUACACAGUGUUCACACCUCUGCUGGCUCUGGCUUCAGAGCUGCUCAUGGACAUGAUGGAGAAAUUGCAGCAGUGGAAGGUGUAUGAUGAGGAAGGUGACGAUCUGGAGGCCAGGCCUCUGAAUGAUGGCAUGGUGAGAGAUCUGAAGUGGAUGAAGAACUUGAUGUUGCACACACUGGAGCUCCUCUUCUACCAGGCCAAAUGGGAAACACUUGCUCACCUUGCCUUGCUAUACAACUUUUAUACACGGGAACACUACACUCAUAUGAUCACCCCUGUGCUGGUAUAUGCUCAGAGAAGACUGCUGGAAAGAAUACACGAAUUUAGAGGCCCUUCAGUCCCUCAGCCACACUUCACCUACACAGAGACAGUCACUGGAGAAAAGGUGACCUGCAGGAACUACGCACACAAGCAGCUGCUCUUGUGUUCCAGUGUGGAGAGUUGGCGUGAGAACACUGCAAGCAGCGCUGCCUCAGAACCUCCAGAGAGGAAAAGAGCCAUGUGUGUGGUCUCUGUACCGCUGGACAUUGAUGACACACUGCGUUGCUUCAGAGAGUCUCUGGCCAAGAGAUGUCACACAAUUCGUGCCUUCCAGCACAGCCGUACACUGCUCAUGCUUCUUCUAGCCGACACACAGCACUCAAUCAAGGUGCCGUUCUGUAAGGAGUCCUGUCAGGGCUCACAGGGCAGAGUGGAGUUUAACAUAGCAGCCAGCACUGCCCCAUCCAUCGGUCCUCCAGACCUGUCCAAGGAAGACUACAACUCUGUGGGAUCUGUGUACAGCUCGCCCCUAUCUCCCUCCCGCAUCCAGAUUGUCCUGUCCUCCUACAACAGUUCUCUCAAAUACCUUCAGGCAAAUAAUUACAACUCACUGCAAGUUCAAGCUCUGCAUGACCUUGGGAACCUGCAUUUCUACAAUGGAAAUCCUAAGGCUGCUCACUCACAUUGGAGCAAGGCUCUGGACUGCUCCCUGCAGACCACAAAUGUGCUAGAAUCCUGGGAUGGUGAUUCAUGGGGUGAUAACUCCUCUCAACAGCCCCUGAAGCAUGCUGGCAUAUGGGGCUGUCUCCAGGGGGCAUUGUUGUCUGCUAAGAUUGCUCAGUAUAUCUUAGCAUCUAACAUCAGCCAACGAACAAAUUACUGCCUUCUCUCUGCUAAGCUCUUUAAGUGUCUGUUGAGGGCAUCCCUGCCUCAUCCUGAAAAUGAUUUGGCAUACUCUUCUUACACACUGAAUAUGGAGCUCAUCCCUGGAGUGAAUAUCUUCUCCGAGUCGGACCAAACUCUUGUUGGCAGCACUGUGGCCAGCCUGGGCUUUGUGUGUCACUGGCUCUAUACCUCAGGACAUCACCUCUCAGCACUUCCUGUUCUGGCUCUCUACCAAUAUGUAGCCAGCAAAGUGUGUCAGCACCCUCAUCUCAUUGCAGGAUGCAGAAUACUGAAGGCAAAGACAUUGACUGAGCUGCACUUGUUUGCUGAGGCAGUGAAAGAGAUACACAGUCUCAGUGAUGGACAGGACGUCCCCCUACCUCACAACUGCUACACCAGAACACACAAAGCUUCAACAUGGACGAUGUUCAGUAAUUGUAAACCUCUCAUGGAUCCUUGUAAUCUUGAGGUUUUGGAGGAGCUGGUGAACAAGAGACUCAGUAAAGACAUCAGAGCUUUAUACAGCACCAAAGUAAUCUGUCGAAUCCGUCUGGCCAGACUUCAGCUCAUUUUGGCCAUGUGUAGUACGAUUCAUGACCUGCCUGAGCCAUUAACAGAGGAUUUAGAGACACAGGUGAGGAGCUCCAGUACACCCAGGUCGUGCAACUCCAGCAGUGACGAGUCUCCUAGCAGCCCCUCCAUGAAGAGUGUGGAGCCCAAAAACCUUCAGCUCCAGCUCCAGAAAGACACACUUACUCCAGGACAAAUCAAGGCUCUGCUACUGAGAGAGAUCUUCAGCCAGCUCAACUCCGAGCUGUUUGCCCUUCAGCACAUCCAUACAGACCCUGAGGAGCUGGAGCUGGCGGUGGAGAUCAGACUACUGCUGUCCAGCCUCAACCUGCAGCAGGGCAAAGCUGCCUCCAGUGCAGAUCAGGCAGCGUCUGCUCUCAGGUUACUGCAGGACUCUCCAUUGCUCCAGAAUGGUAGUAUCCAACAGCUGCCCCCCAGACGCCCAUCUUCUGUGCUUAAGCAGUCCAGUACUAGAGUCAAACAUGAGCAGCUGUGUGAGCCGGAGGCAGAUACCAGGCCUCAGCUAGAGGACAUGCCUGCUAAAGUUGAAGCUGUAGAGCGCAUGGGUCGCUCACUAUGGCUCCGCUGCAUGUUGGCUGUGGUCCAGAGCCUCACUGCUCACAUUCCUGGCACUGUCAUCUACCCAGGUGUGGACAGCAGUGUGGAGGCUGACCGGUUGAUGAAACAAGGCCUGGCUGAGGCUGAGGCCUGGGGCGACCCAGACACUCAGGCCCUGCUGCUCCUGCAGGGGGUCAUGCUGAACACACACUGUGGUAGAGCGCUGGAGGAGAGCACCUCCAUUCUGCAGGAGGUAGUAAGUCUGCUGUCUGGUCGUAGUACCCUUUCUCUGCAUUCUGGUCUGUGCCUUGCUAAGGCCACUCUGCUGCUGAGUGAACGGAGGGGCUCAGAUGGUCAGCCCUUUUACUUACUCACUCAGAAACUACUGGUGCAGCAGCUGAAUACAAUGGAGGAGUGUGUUGUGCAGAAGGCAGGGGGAGGACUUGAGCCUCUCUCCACGCCAGCUUGGAGGAACAUUUACCACCCACAGCUCCCUCUACUGGCCAGGACAACCAUGUGCUUGGGUCAGUGUUUGGCCCUGCAGGCCAUGGCGAGCUCAUCGGAAGGGGAUGAACAACACCCAAAUCUGUGGUUAUUGGCUCAGGAGGAGCUCCAUUCUGCACUCAUCAUCGCACAAGCCUCAGCUAGCAGGGACCCCCAGCUGGAGGCUAAUAUUCUGUACCUUAAAGGAACUGUAGGGAGGAUCCUGAUGUCACAGGGCACACUCAGACAUCAGACAGUGGUAGAAAGCUUCCUGGAGAGCAUCACACUGGCUCAUUCUCGCAGCCACAAUCUGCAGUUGAUCCACAUGUGCUAUAUGGAGAUGGCGCUAAUAUACCUGCAGCAGUGGCAAAAUAGCACCACUGACCUUGCAGAACCUCCACCGCCUCUGGAACCUGCUGAAUCAAACAAGUGCUCAGACUGGACUCGGAGUCACUUACUUCUUUUCUGGGUUUGUCUGAGAGCUGCUGCAAAGACAAUGGACGUGCUCACAAAUCAUGGCCAGUUGUGUGGCAUCACUGCAACAACAGUAGGCCCACUUCCUCCUAUAUCUCUCAAAGCUCUUGCUGAUUUUGCCUCCAAUGAUCUACUCAAUCCUUGCGGUGGGAUGGAGGAGCCAAUGUUAGUUCACCCCAGUUCUGCUCCAGAUAUGGACAUUGAACUGAAAGUCAAGCGAUGCUCUGAGAUCACCUGGAUGCACCUUUCCUGCUACUAUACACACCUGCUCAAUCUAAGGCACAUCUCCAUGCAACCAAUUGCAGGGCAGUGUAUGGAGGAGUUUAUGUCUCCAGCUGGCGAUUCGAAUUUAACUCUCAGACUCACUCAGUUACACACCUUCUUCAGUGAUCACCUAGCAACUUACAAAGAGCAGUGUGUUAUACCUGAUCCUCCUUCUGCCCUCCUUCUGGAGCCUCAGAUUAUACAGACGACGUCAGACCUGUAUCCAUGGGCCACACUGAACACGUACCAGCUCUGCAUUCAGUGGCAUCGACCCAUGCUGGAAAGCAGUGGACAAGCAGCCAAAAUGAUCAUGCUGGUCUUUGUGCUGAAUAAAGCACCAAUAUCUGACACUCAGCCCAACAUACUGGCUGCUGCUGCUGAUAUAGAGGCUGGAUACAGACUUGUCUCUGCAGACUGUUUGAAAGCUCUCCAUGGCCAGCUUAUCUCAGCGUGUGUGAAGGCUGAGGUGGAUUUGAAUGUUUUUGCAUCUUCUGCACCCAGCAUGACCACUUCUGGCAGCUCUAUAAAGGAGAGUGAGCAUGGGAGCAGGACCCCUGUUAAAGCCAGCACACAGCAACAGAUGCUGCUGGAGAAAACCAGGAAUAUCUGUACUGAGAUAAGAAAUCUGCUGAAGCCUGAUUUAAAAGCAAAUCCUAUACCAAAGGUACCUUUUGAACCAAGUGCUCAGAUCUUGUGUGACCUCGAGCGCUGCUUUAACCCUGCAUCAGGAGCUACUUUGGAGGACAGAGCACUUAUCGGCUGGCUUUUCUCUCUUCUUAACUGACUACAACAUCUCAAAAACACCAAAGAGGCAGCUGUCUUAAAGGAAUACUCCAGUGUUUUUCAAACUAAUCUCCACAUGGUUGCUACGCAGUAUGGAAAAGUAUGGACUUUGACUUUAGUCAUUUCCAGGUCUGGAUAAGUAUGGAAAAAGGAAAAUAAAGUAUGGAAAAAUA